GAUUCAUGGCCUUACAUCAUAACUUCUCGUGUACAACUGACUUUCAAAAUGUAGUGAUUUUCUUCACAUUUUAAGCCUAUUUUGCCUAAAAAAUGGGCUGUGGAGCUAGCACAACUGUCCAUGCAGACUCAAGUGUGUCCAGCUUUGAUUUUUCCCGUAGAAAUACUCUGGUAAAACGGCCAGAAGUUGCUGUAGAAAUCGGGGAUGGAGUCAAAAAACUCAACAAGGAUAAUCGCAUUGUUUUUAUCUUCGGUGGUCCUGGUUCAACUAAAGGAUGUAUCAUCAAUGACCUCAUCAAAAUGUUUGAUUUUGUAUUCAUAUCUGCUGAAACUCUACUCUUGAAGCAUUUACCUGCCAGAAUCUAUGAACAUGCCAAGGCAGAAGCAAUGGAAGGAGAGACAGUCCAACCAGUAACAGGAACACACAGUAUUGCUAAAGGCAUUGCAGAAUUUCCAAACCUGCUGACGAUAGAGUAUGUCUUGUCAUUAGUAGGCGAUGAAGUGAAGAAACAUCCGGGUAGACUUAUACUUGUUGAUUUAAUUCCAAAUCUCAAGUUCCUGUUGAGAGUAAAGACAUUUAUCAAGAAUUGCGAUAAGGAGAUGGCUCAUUUUGAAAACCAGUUUCCCUGUGCCUUUGUACUUAACUUGACCUUGACAAAAGAAAGUUUACUAGAUAACAUCAAAACAAGUCAUGCAUGUAUCAAACCUGACCAUGCCGCAAGUCCUGGAUCAGGACAGACAGAUGGCUCAACAGACAAGGGAGAUGAAAUGGACACAGCAAGAACUCAACGGCGCUUCAAGCUUUAUGAGAACUCUGUGAAAGAUUUCCUGGAUUAUUUUACCAAAGCGAAUAAGAUUGUUCAAGUAGAUACAUCUUCUGCUAAGUGGCAUCUCAUCUGGGAAGCAAUCAAGGACUUCUUCGCUGCAGAAAUGGAUUUUAAUGCCAAUAAAGUCAUUAACACCGUCAUUUUGUUUACCUUUGAUGAGGAAUCAACCACAUCUGUUGACACCAGUCGUUAUCCAAUGAAACAUCUGGUACUAAGUGACCUUGUGGAUGACCCUAAUGCCCCUCCGGUAAAACUGAUCACAUCCUUGGCCAAGCAGUUGGACAAAUGUGCUUUACAGUCCCGAUCUUUUCUGGUGGAUCUUACCAACACAUCACUAAAUAAAAACUGCUUAGAUGAGUUCGACAAGUCAACACUAAUGUUCGUGGAUGUCGACAUCGGCCAGCUUGAUUACUUUAUACACGGACUAAGGCGAAAGACACAACGCAAGAAAUCUAUCUUCAGGAAAAAAGCCCAGUUCUAUAAAGCUGUUUCUACACCAGAGAACGAGACGCUACUGUUUCCAGAUGACACAGACACAGAAUUAUGUCGACGUAUUGGUAUUUGUUUAGCAGAACGACAUUAACAACACAUCACAUAUUCUUUCUUUCUUUCUAUUUGUCUGUCUGUCUGUCCUCUUUGGCAGGAAUAUACUAUUUAGCCAUUCUGAGAACAAGGGGGAAAAACCUGGGACGAGUUAUCAUUGGAGUGCAUUGUGGGAAUGUAUUUAGGGCACAUAUUUUUGCCCCUUAAAACAGUCCCACAAUACAACACUGCAAUCCCAACUCGACUCAGUUUCCCCUCAACCUCGGAAUGGCAAAUUGUAUUAUCUAUACAAAAUAUUCUAUUUUUGUAAAUUAAUGAGGACCUUAAAAAUAUUUCUUUCUAACUGAUUCUCUGUUUGUCCUCGUUGGAAAGGAAUCUACUAUUGUAUUAUUUAUACGAAAUAUUCUAUUUUUGUACAUUAUAUUCUAUUUAAUAACCUGUUUUAUGACUUGUUGUACAUAGGUGAUUGCAUGGGUGUUGUACCUUGCUGUCAAUAAACACUUUGAUAUGAAAAGAAGGGUAGCAUCAAAUACCUAACAAACCUGUGGGUAUGUCCCUUGCUCGAAUUGGAAUAGACCCCUUUCGAAUUCCAAAUUUACCGCUGUGUU